AUGGAGAAGGAAGCAAUAUUUUUUAGAAAGCAACUAGAUGAACUAGAUAACGAUGUAUCUAUUCUAUCGGCUCAGAAUGAUUUUCAAUCACAUAUGAGCAAAAUCAAUGAAAACAUUGAAAAUCCUACUUCAAUCAACGAUGAGAUUAACUUUCAAAAAGAGAACUUCUCGAAGCUAAAGUUCCAAUAUCUUGAACAAGAGACAAAGGAGAAGUUUUUAAGAUCACUUUUCGAUAAUCCACCUAAAUCUAUUCAACAGGAAGAUAUUAAUAGACUACAAGAAGAGAAUGUUCAUUCGAAAAGAGCACUAAAGGCAUUGAAAGAAUCAAUGAAUAAUAAGAUGAAGGAUAUACACGAAAUUUCUAGAGAAACCGUCGAAUUAAAUAAAGAGUAUCAACAGAAGUGUGAUGAAACCAUUAAAAUGCUAGAAGAAGUACAAAGGAUGGAGGAAAAAAUAAAUUCAAUCAUUGAUAACCAAAAAGAUGAAACCAAGGAAAUAAUCAAAAGCUUGAUUGAAAUUUCCACAGGUCUGAAAGAGAAAGAUCUCACAAAUAUUAUGACAAGUGCUAAUGAUAAACUAUUACAAGAUUAUAUUACUACUCCUGCUCAAGCUAGUAAUGAGUUACAUUUGAAAACUCAAUUGAAUGAAAACCAGCAACAGCAUCUCCAAAAGUUACAAGAAAAACUAACGACAUUAAAAUCCAAGUUACUGAAUAUUGAACACAAUAAGGAACCCAAUGACAAUCAGUUUUACGCUCAGUGGGUCAAGGAAAUGAAUGAAAUCCUAAUUAGCUUAAAUGAUCUAUCUCAUAUCAGGUUUGAAUUUGUUGAUAAUACAGAUCUCAAGCUAGUUAUCAAUAACCAUAUUAUUCUCUUGAAUAAAGACUUUAAUAUCUUGAAUACAGCUGACUUAAACGAUCAAUAUCUCAUACGUAAGAUUAAUACCAACGAAGAUAAAAUGAAAAACUUUUUGUUAUUAAUUAAUGGUUUAUUAGAAACCCCUUGA